UUAUUGCAUUUCCUGCCAAAACACGUCACGUCGAAUCAACGAAGAAGAAACAAGCAGUAGCGGAAGUACACGAGCCAGCGGUCUCAGAUGACCUAUUCAUUUGGUUCAUAAAAGGAUGAUUUUGUCAGUACAGUGACCUAAUCUAUGGACAGCUUCAGAGUCUACUCAUUAAGACGCAGUGCCAAUUUUGGAUGUAGAUCAUGAAUGACAAACUGGUCUUUUUGGGUUUGCUCUACUUUGUUCAGGGAAUUCCUUAUGGCCUCCAGUCCUCGCUGCUUCCUGUUUACCUGCGAGGAGCCGGUCACUCCCUAACUCGCAUUGGCUUUACUAAGAUUCUGUACUUCCCAUGGGUCCUGAAGGUGCUUUGGGCACCUCUAGUGGACCGGCUCAGCACCAAGCGUCAUUGGCUUGUUUGCACAGUAUCAGGUCUGGCUCUCACAUGUCUCUGCAGUGCUGCUUUAGCUCCAGAAGCUCAUAUCUGGGGUGUAGCGGGAACCCUGUUGGCCAUGAACACUCUGGCCUCCGUCCAGGAUAUUGCGGUAGAUGGGGCUGCUGUGGGUCUGUUAAAAGGACGAGGGGAACUGGGACUAGGCAAUACAGCCCAAGUAGUGGGCUACAAAGCUGGAUCAGUGUUUGCAGGAGGCGGAUUGCUUGCUGUGAUUGAUGUGGCUGGAUGGAGCUGGAUGUUCUUGCUGCUGACAUUCGUGUAUGCCGGUGUAGCCCUGUUUGUGUGGGGGGCCCCUAUCCUGGAUGAAGAGACUGUAAGAGGCCCACAGGUUGAUAACAGCAAAAGAAAUGGGCAGGGAUCAGAUGCUGUCAGGCCCUGGAGGGUGUGGAGGAAGAUGCUAGCUGUGCCAGGAACACCAUGGACUGUCCUGUAUGUCCUGACCUACAAACUAGGCGAACAGGGAGCAGUCACUAUGUUCCCUCUCUUCUUGCUGGAUCAUCACAUGACGGCCAGAGAGCUGGGCUUCUGGAAUGGUGUCAUUGCCAUGGGCUUCUCCAUCUGUGGCUCUUCUUUAGGAGGUCUGCUGCUCGCUCAGUUCAGCAUCGGGAGUUUAAUGCGCCGAGUGUUUGUGCUAAGAACUAUCAGCAUGGUCUUCCAAAGUUCUCUGCUCACUGUCCUGGAACCAUCGCCACUCAUUAAAGGAUUGGCAAUCCUAAGCAUGAGCAUCCAGCACUUUCUGGGCGGACUCAUCACCACUCUUACCUUCACUACCAUGAUGCACUGCACUCAGAGGGCUGAGGAGAGCAUUCAGGCUACCCACUACAGUUUUCUGGCGACCCUUGAAGUCCUGGGGAAGCUGCUCUUCAGUACACUCGCAGGGGGUGUUGUGGACUGGUUUGGGUUCCAGAUUUCCUUCCUUUUCUUUCUCACUCUGUCGGCCGGGACGGCUCUUCAUGUUUGGACGGCCACCUUUACUGGAGCUCUGAGGGAACAUCAGCUCAAAUGACAUCACCACUCUGAGCCGCAGGAGCUGCGCUCAAGCCUGGAACCGUUCCAAUCCUGGUUUCCAGAAUUUGCUUUAGUUGCAGCUCCAUCAGGAAGUAAUAGUUUCUGAAGAAUUAUUGCAGAUGCUUGCUAUUUUUACAAUUUUCCAUCCAAAACUUUUUUAUUUGAUGUCUUACUAUAAAAAAGUCUUAAUCUUAAUCUAAUUAUCUUCAUUUGACUUCACUGCUACAGACUAAGAAUUGAACCAGGGAUUAUCUGAUUUCAUCAGAUAGAUUAUCUGGGCGAGAUGAUGAUUAUUCUAGCCACCAUUACAGAAUAAUUAAAGAAGUUGACGCAGUGAAACAGUAUUGUGCAAUAUCACAGCAUUAGGUUUUAGAAAAUGACAAUGCAUUUAAUUCCCUUAGCUAAACGUGAAAAGACAUGUAAUGUAGGAUCUUUAGAUGUGCGUAGAUCAUGAUUUAACUGAGUUUUACCGAAUGUUAGCUGCGUUUGAUUUCAAGAAAGAACUCAAUGGCACCUCCUUGUGGUGGAGACGACUUCGCCUAAGGAACCACUCAGUUGCAUUUUUUGUGUCAAAUAGAUUCAGAAAAAGCGUAGAAAAGAAAAGUAACAGAAUAUAGAAUGGAGAUGAAGAAGGAAGUAAAACAAAAACCCAGAGAGAUUAUCAGUGAUAUUGUCAGUAAUCCAAGUACUUGAUCGAGUUUCCUGAUUAAGCAGCUGUGGAAAAAAGAAGAGUCAAAGGUGUUUUUAUUAAUCUGAGCCAUCUUUUUCUUUUCUUUUCUUUUCUCUUUUUUUUUAAACCCAGCAAUAAAAGAUGACUCUGAGCUGUGGCCUAAAGCAAUAUGACAAAGACCUCACGAUUGCCUCGUGUUCUGUUCAUAAAACCAUUUUUACUACCUCCUGUUGACACUGAAAGGUAGCAUUUACAUUUAUUUAAAUUGAGUUUGGGCUAAUACCUGAGCUCAACAUGAUUCUUAUUUAUUUCAUAGUCUUUAAAUUAUUACCUGAAUCUUCAACAAAAUAUAUUUAUAUGUUUUAAAUUUUUACAAUUGAAGUUGCUGCUGUUAUUUAUGGUAUAUCAUUUAAUUUGUACAUUGUAGUUAAUAUGAUAAUAAAGUAACAAAUAGUAACGAGACAACUUAAAUAUCAUAGAAGUAAAGACGUUAGUUUAGUUAGUUAAAGGACAGCUGCUGGUUACAGCUGAGGUCAGACUACAUGUUACCACAGUAUGUCCCACUGGACUGGAGCUGUGAAUAAAGCCAUGGUGCCACUUACUGUAAACAAACAAAUGAUACCUGAUAAGAGGCCUGAUAAAUUAGUAAUUGUUUAAAUUAAUUAAUACAAUUUUUCAAUUGCGAAACAUACUAUCUUGAAAUAAAAUGUCUAGUAAUUAUAAAAAUAUAAAUAAAGUCUUCUCUGACCUACCACAUGCUUUGCCAAAACCGAACACCUGCUUAGCCAACAUCAGGUGGCCCAACAACAGCAAAAAGAAAACUUUUGUCGCACAAUUGAUGCACAACCACUCUCUUUUACAGGAUGCCAUCUAAAAAGUUCAUCUGUAACCAACACAACAAGAAUCUAUGAAUAUUUAAUGGGUAUUAACAUGUUAAAUUCCCAACCCUGUAUUGGUCAGACGUUUUGAUUAUCCAGUGUUGGUAAUGUGAGAAAAUAUUGAAUCUGAGCCUUUAAUUGUAAAUUAAAAUUCCUAUGUUUCUGGUUUCUGUACAUUUUCUGGAACAGUUGAUGACAGUUUUAGAAUUUUACAUUUAGUCUCUAGGCAUUUUAGCCUUUAAGCUUAAUUAAAAAUGUAAAAAGCAUCCUAAGAGUUUGUUUGUUCAAGCCCAAUUUUGUGCUUUGGAAACAUGUGGUCUGAGCUCAGUCUUUGUCAACCUGACUUCCUGUAAAAACUUUGGCCUAAAAAAACAGCCUUGAAAAGAAGCACAGUGCCAUUAUAAAAAUAAAAAAAACCCUCUGUGCCGCUGAUGGAAAAAAAACAUUGUAUCAAAUUAUUCUCUCUGUUAAAUAAAAAAAAAAUACUGAUGCUUCACUCAUUA